GUAACCUUAUUACAGUGAGAUUAGACGUAUGAUCCGAAAUGUUAUCAGAAUGAUUCACAACCUAAAGUCAGCAUCCAUCGAGGUAAUUUUAAAUCAUUGUUAUCUGUCGUCAUUCCUCAUUUUCUCAUCAUUUCAUUUGGCAGUAAUCCUUUUUGAGUCUCUUAGGAGGUUUUUGUUCAGUGCUUCCAGAGGUGCUGGUUUAUCAAGGCCCCAUUUGUGGGUGAUUAAUAUUAAUCAGUGUAAGUUAAUUUAAAUAACACCUGGUGCCUGUGGCUUUGAGUCAACAGUCCUCUGGAGUGCCACAUUUGAAUUUCAUUACAGCUUUCUGUCAUGACCACAGGCUCUACAGGAUUAAAUCUGUGACAUGUAUUGAGUGGCGGGCAAACAAACAUCCAGCACAGCAGUGAAGUGCUACAACACUUAUGAUGGGUUGGCUGCAAGUGCUUAUUCUCUUCACUAUAAGUAUAGCCAACUUAAUUAUUCAUAGGAGGAGUUCUGCUUUGAAAAAAGUGACUUCUUAUUGUAUUUCAUGGAGAGCCCACAUUCAGAGGAGCUUCCAGAUUGAAGUAAUGAUUGUAACUUUUUUAUAUAAAUGACAGUAUUAUGGUUAUUUGUGAUGAGAAGAGAUUUUUUUUCUUUAAUCUUUUGCUUCCACUGUGUAUUUUUAACAGCACUCAGAGAAACAGUCAGCAGGAUUUAAUAACAUAAACUGGAUGUGUUCUCAUGUAUAUUUCAGCAAGAUGGUCCCCAACAUGUCAUUUGUGCCUCCUUAAACUGACUCUUAAAAAAAGAUUUAUAACUCCAUAUUAUUUUAUUUUCAUAGAAGCCCAGUUAACAUUACAGAAAGUCUCCGUGCAGAAAUAGAAAAUUAGGCGUAAAUUUGAGCGCUGUUGAGACUCACGACUGAGAUGCGCACAAGUCUCAACAGAAGUCAGCUAGAAAUAUCUGGGCAUCGUGUGUGUGUGUGUGUGUGUGUGUGUGUGUGUGUGUGUGUGUGUGUGUGUCAGUUUUAUUAUCAUGCAGGGUUUCAGCAGCGUGUAGACGGACACCGCUCUUUGUAGAAUAUUAAUUAUUAAUUUUUUUUAAACGCCUUUGUUUUUGUGAUCGAUGCUCUUUUUUUUAGGUUAUUGGUGAAAAUGAAAAGUCGUCGCAACAGAAGCCCACAGUGUGACGGUUGGUUACACAUUUGCAGCCAGUGCGUCCAUGCGUAGCUUAGCCCGGGAGGAUGCUGGUGUGGAGAGAGACAACCAGUUGCUCUCCAGCUGUCAGUGUGAAAGUGGAGCCUCCCCUUAUACGCACCGACGGAUGAACAUCCUCGACCUGUUGCCUCGGCGGGAGCAAAAGUAGAGCUGCAUUGUGACGGGAGCCAACAGACGACAGAAGUUGAUUUUAAUAUUGACGGGGGGAAAGGUCGAAGACGAUGCCAUGAGGUGUAUCAAUGUGUUGGUUUUUGAUCUCCUUUUUGAAUAGCAGAAGCAAGAGGAACGGAGUUGGUUUUGGGGGAUCCACCUCCUUGGUGUGGAGGUGCGGUUUGCGGUGAUAUCUCUCCCUCUGGGCUCUAUAGAGGAGGACCAUGGUCGAACUGGAGAAGGAGGUGCUCCCGUUGCCCCCUCGGUACCGGUUCCGAGACCUGUUGCUCGGGGACUGGCAGACCGACGACAGGGUGCAGGUAGAGUUCUAUGUGAAUGAGAACACUUUCAAGGAGCGCCUCAAGCUGUUCUUCAUCAAAAACCAAAGAUCCAGCCUGCGAGUGCGAAUGUUUAACUUUGCUCUGAAAGUGCUGAGCUGCCUCCUCUACAUCGUCAGAGUCCUGCUGGACAACCCACAAGACGGAAGACAGGACUGUGUGAGCGGAGUGAACUGCACCAAACAAAACAAUUCAUCGCGUCCCUGCAGUGAGGUUGACUGGAAACUGAUCAUCUGGGUGGAUAGACCUCUACCGCUGUGGGCACUGCAGGUGCUUGUGGCUUUCAUCAGCUUUUCAGAAACGAUGUUGCUCGUGUACCUCAGCUACAAGGGCAACGUCUGGGAGCAAGUAUUACGUGUCCCCUUCAUUCUGGAGAUGAUCAGCGCCGUUCCCUUCAUGAUCACUGUGAUUUUGCCCUCCUUCAAAAACCUCUUCAUCCCUGUAUUUCUCAACUGCUGGCUGGCCAAACACGCUUUGGAGAACAUGAUAAAUGAUCUUCACAGGGCAAUACAGAGGACGCACUCAGCCAUGUUUAACCAGGUGGUGAUACUCAUCAGCACGCUGGUCUGUCUCAUGUUCACAUGCAUCUGCGGUAUCCAACACCUCGAGCGAGCGGGCAACAAUCUGACCCUGUUCGACUCGCUCUACUUCUGCGUGGUCACCUUCUCCACGGUGGGCUUUGGAGACGUAACCCCCCAAAUCUGGCCUUCGCAGCUCCUGGUGGUCAUCAUGAUCUUUGUGGCGCUCAUUGUGCUUCCCAUCCAGUUCGAGCAGCUGGCCUUUCUGUGGAUGGAGCGGCAGAAGUCUGGCGGGAACUACAGCCGCUACAGGGCGCAGACGGAGAAACACGUGGUGCUGUGCGUCAGCUGCCUCAAGAUCGACCUCCUUAUGGACUUCCUCAAUGAGUUCUUCGCCCACCCCCGACUACAGGACUACUAUGUGGUGAUCCUUUGCCCGGCAGAGAUGGAUGUCCAGGUUAGGAGGGUCCUUCAUGUGCCCCUGUGGGCCCAGAGAGUCAUCUACCUUCAGGGUUCAGCCCUCAAAGACCAAGACCUGAUGAGGGCCAAGAUGGACGACGCCGAGGCCUGCUUCAUCCUCAGUAACCGGUUUGAAGUGGACCGUAUCGCUGCCGAUCAUCAGACCAUCCUCCGAGCCUGGGCAGUGAAAGACUUUGCUCCGAAUUGCCCCCUCUACGUCCAGAUUCUCAAGCCCGAGAACAAGUUCCACGUCAAAUUUGCAGAUCAUGUGGUGUGUGAAGAAGAGUUUAAGUACGCCAUGCUGGCUCUAAACUGUGUGUGCCCUGGCACCUCGACACUCAUCACUCUAUUGAUUCACUCCUCCAGAGGACAAACGGCGCCCCAGGAGCCUUUCAAGCAACGUGUCGGCGCCUUUCAAGCCCUCAACAGGGAGGGCGGCGCGUGUUCAGCGGACCAAUGGCACCGAACCUACCGCCGCUGCUCUGCCAACGAGGUGCAUCACAUCCGCCUGGAUGAAAGCAAAUUCUUUGGGGAAUACCAGGGCAAGAGUUUCACCUUUGCCUCCUUUCAUGCUCACAAAAAGUAUGGAGUAUGUCUGAUCGGAGUACGCAGACUGGACACCACCAACAUCCUGCUGAACCCUGGUCCCUGCCACAUCAUGGGGGCCUCUGACACGUGCUUUUACAUCAACAUCUCCAAAGAGGAGAACUCAGCUUUUGUCCGGGGUCAGAGGGAGCCAUCAUGGGGCGGCACGGGAGGAAAUGCCAGGGGAGUGCACCAAACCAUCUACCACGGACUCACUCGCCUGCCAGUCCACAGUAUCAUCGCCAGCAUGGGCACGGUGGCCAUCGACCUGCAGGACUCCAGCGACAGCAGUCCAGAAGGCCAGGACGCUGGGAGCACCGGGCUGGGCAGCGGAAGGGGAAGCAGGAGCAGCUCUAGGACGGAGAUGGGUGGUGCUAACACUUUGGCUCUGCCUGCCAUGGGAGACUCAGCUGAGGAGCGGCGGCACAGCAUCGCCCCCGUCCUGGAGCUGGUGGACGGUGUGAACAACCCCACCUUUGACCUGCUGGGAGACCAGUCAGAGGAUGAGGUCGGGGAGGAGGGCAAGGAGGACAGUGACAAGGACGAGAGCGCCCACUGGUGGGGGCGACACUGCGAGUGGGUGAAGGGAUACCCGCUGAACUCUCCAUACAUCGGCAGCUCACCUACGCUGUGCCACCUUCUUCAAGAAAAGAUGCCUUUCUGCUGCCUGCGCAUGGACAAGGCUUGUCACCACACCCUUUUUGAGGAUGCCCGGUCCUACGGCUUCAAGAACAAAUUGAUCAUCGUGUCGGCGGAGAGCGCGGGGAACGGUCUGUACAACUUCAUCGUGCCUCUGCGGGCCUAUUACCGACCCAGGAAGGAGCUCAACCCCAUCGUGCUGCUGCUGGAGAGCGUACCUGAAGCAGACUUCCUGGAGGCAAUCUGUUGGUUCCCCAUGGUGUUCUACACAGUGGGCUCCAUCGACAACCUGGACAGUUUGCUGCGAUGCGGAGUGACGUUCGCAAACACCAUGGUGGUGGUGGACAAGGAGAGCUCCAUGAUCGCGGAGGAAGACUACAUGGCUGACGCGAAGACCAUCGUCAACGUCCAGACCCUCUUCAGACUGUUCCCAGCUCUGAGCAUCAUCACAGAGCUCACCCACCCUGCAAACAUGCGCUUUAUGCAGUUCAAAGUCAAAGACCAUUACUCUCUGGCCCUGUCCAAACUGGAAAAGAAGGAAAGGGAGAAGGGGUCCAAUCUGGUUUUUAUGUUCCGCCUGCCCUUCGCUGCAGGGAAGGUGUUCAGCGUCAGCAUGCUGGACACGCUCCUCUACCAGUCGUUUGUGAAGGACUACAUGAUCUCCAUCACCAGGCUGCUGCUGGGUUUAGACUCCAUGCCCGGCUCAGGUUUCCUCUGCGCUAUGAAAAUCACAGAGGACGACCUGUGGAUCCGCACCUACGGUAGACUCUACCAGAAACUCUGCUCCUCCAAUGGAGACAUUCCCAUCGGCAUCUACCGGACGGAGGCACACAAGCUUCCGGUCUCUGAGUCACAGGUAUCCAUCACAGUGGAAGACUACGAGGACACCAGAGAGCCCAGAGAGCCGCUGCUGUCCCGGACCAGUGCUCAUCGUAACUCCACCUCCUCGGAGCCCGUCUCCACGUCGUCCCACUCCUCAGACCACCCGCUGCUCAGGAGGAAGAGCAUGCAGUGGGCACGGAGACUCAGCAGGAAGGGGGGUCGGGGCUCCAGUGCGUCCAAGGGGGGUCCGGGCAGCGCGGCGGAGAGGAUCAGCCAGCAGAGGCUGACCCUGUUCAGGCGCUCCGAGAGGCAAGAACUCAACGCUCUGGUGCGAACGAGGAUGAAACACUUGGGUCUUUCUCCAACUGGAUUCAACGGGAUGACAGAUCAGGGGAACAGACUGUCUUAUAUCCUCAUCAACCCUUCUCCAGACACCAGACUGGAGCUGCACGAUGUCGUAUACCUGAUCAGACCAGACCCCCUCUCGCUGGUACCCAAUCAGGGCAGCAACAGGAAGUGCGGCGCCGGGCUGUCAGAGAGUCACCGGUUCGAUAUGCAGGACAGCACCCAUCUGUGAGAGGAAGAGACAGACAAAUAAACUGUUCAAACACUGCCAGAGAGAGAAGAAACAACAACGCAGCCGUAAGAGAGGGACAGAAGUGGAAAGGGAUGCAGCCGGAUGGCACGCGGCCCUCGUGUUUCCCCCACAUUCAGCAUCUGUGAACUCGGAGGUGCCGGACAUGCAUGGACCUUUUCUAUAACUACAGGAACGUUUUAUUUAUGCACCUUCCUAUUUUCAAAGUGGAGAGCUGUGGACACAGAAGUGCAUUUAAUGAAAAACUGUAUGUAUUUAUAUCUGUGUAUGUGCAUGUUAUGUGCUGCAUCGUGUGUGUGUGUGUGGCUGAGUGUGUGUGUGUGUGUGUGUGCGUGUGUGUGGCUGACUGUGUGUGUGUGCUUAUGGAUCAAGAGCAAGACACUGCCAUGUUUUAUCUGGACAGCCAAAGGAAACCUGCUGCCAAAUGAAAGUCGAGGGAUGUUUUUUUUGUGUGUGUGUGUGUGUGUGUGUGUGUAUGUGUGUGUGUGUGUGUGUGUGUGUGUGUGUGUGUGUGUGUGUCCUCUGUUGUGUCGUUGGUGUGUUUUGUCACACUUAAUGUUGUUUGGUGUAUUUGAAAGUGACACUGCAGUGCACACACACCAAGUGAGGUUUUUAAUUUUUAAUUUUUUUUUUUUCUCAUAAAGCCAUUUGGACACUUUUUACAUGUUGCUUAUACAGUCGAACGCACACAUUCGUUUUACGCUCACCAGCAGCGGAGGAAUCCAAAGAGCAUCAGUCUCAACGAUGGACAUCAGUAAACAGCCGGGCCUCGUCAGCGCGGCGCCCUCAGUCACACUGCCGUCUCAAGUAUUUCAUUAUUUAUUUGAUUUCUCUUUGAACAAACUGCUCUUGACAGUAUUGUUUGCCUGUUUCUUUCUUCCUGCUCUCUGCUGCUGUCCGUCAGUGUGAGUCGUCCUGCCACCAGCUUGCUUUUGCUGACGUGCAUGUUAGAGAUGCAGGGCAUGGACAAAAUAACAGGAACGUAUACCAUAAUAUAAAACCAUCCAGUGCAACAGCCCUGCAAAUAAAUACGCCCUUUGUUAAGCUUAUAUGGUAACAUUUUUUUGAGACCAUGUCGGAGAGGUGUUGAUCAGUUUAAAAAGCCGAUUUAUGAGCUUUACAAGUAAACAUUUGCUGUAUUUAUUGCUCACUGCAAUGAAUAUCCACCUUUUAAAAUCAUUAGUUUGCCCGUUAAGAAUUUAAAUCUGUAGUACAAAUUGGUUUUCAGACAGGAGAAAUCUCAUUUCUCUGAAAACAAGUGAAAAAUGUGCUAGUAGCGUGAGAUUCUUCUUGUUUUGUUUUUGUUUGUCAGGCAAGUCCACCGUGUUUCAAAGACUUUCAGUUGUUUAAAGAAACAUGAGAUUUUAAUCUGUGCUAUCGAUGUAAAUUACUCAUUAGGUUUGACAUGUAUGCAGUUUGUUUACCAAGGAUUUGCGAGCCGCUGUAAAAAUCUUUUGUCAGAAAUUCAAAAUGUGCCGUUUCUCACACAGAACUGGUGCAGCCGUGUGGUGGGAACGCUUCUCCGGCAUCCCAGCCAGCAACACCACUCCUGUAGCUUUAGUGCCAGUAGAACAGAUGAAAAUAUGUACAUAUUAAAGUCAGUCGUUAUA